GCGGCGGGAAGAGCGGCGGGAGAAUGGAGGUGCGGGAGAGCGGCGGUGGAGCGGCCGAGCCCGGGGCCCAGGACCCUGCUCCGGCCCCCGGCAAAGCCCCCGGCAGCGCAGGCCACUACGAGCUGCCGUGGGUUGAAAAAUAUAGACCAGUAAAGUUGAAUGAAAUUGUUGGGAAUGAAGACACUGUGAGCAGACUGGAGGUCUUUGCAAGAGAAGGGAAUGUGCCCAAUAUUAUCAUCGCUGGCCCCCCAGGAACCGGCAAAACGACAAGCAUCCUGUGUCUGGCUCGAGCCCUGCUGGGCCCCGCGCUCAAGGAUGCCGUGUUGGAACUCAAUGCUUCAAAUGACAGGGGCAUUGAUGUUGUGAGGAACAAAAUCAAAAUGUUUGCCCAGCAGAAAGUCACGCUUCCCAAAGGGCGGCACAAGAUCAUCAUCCUGGACGAAGCCGACAGCAUGACCGAUGGAGCCCAGCAAGCCUUGAGGAGAACCAUGGAAAUCUACUCCAAAACGACCCGCUUUGCUCUUGCUUGUAAUGCAUCAGAUAAAAUCAUAGAGCCCAUCCAGUCCCGGUGCGCUGUCCUCCGCUACACGAAGCUCACCGAUGCCCAGGUGCUUGCGCGGCUCAUGACCGUAAUCGAGAAGGAGAACGUGCCCUACACCGACGAUGGCUUGGAAGCCAUUGUCUUCACCGCCCAGGGAGACAUGAGGCAGGCAUUGAACAACUUGCAGUCGACCUUCUCAGGAUUCGGCUUUAUUAACAGUGAGAAUGUGUUCAAGGUCUGCGACGAGCCGCACCCCUUGCUGGUGAAGGAGAUGAUCCAGCACUGCGUGAAGGCCGACAUUGACGGAGCGUACAAGAUCCUUGCGCACCUGUGGCAUCUCGGCUAUUCCCCAGAGGACAUCAUUGGCAACAUUUUUCGAGUGUGUAAAACCUUCCAAAUGGCAGAAUACUUGAAACUGGAGUUUAUUAAGGAGAUCGGAUACACUCACGUGAAAAUAGCGGACGGCGUGAACUCCCUGCUGCAGAUGGCGGGGCUCCUGGCCCGGCUGUGUCAGAAGACCAUGGCCCCGGUGGCCAGCUAGGGCGGGAGCUCGCUGGCUGGGUACGAGCAUCCUCCUCGUGGAAAGGCGGAGCGCAGCCUUCUGACGUGGGAGAUCGCCGCCCGAGCCGCCCGCGGUGGAUGCGCCUCGGCCUCAGACUCACGGGCGUGGUGGAGGGAGGGAAGGCCCAGAGCCCCUCCAGGGCAUGGCACCUGAUCCGGGCGUGUGCUGGCAUUUGAGCUAAUAAAGUCAUGCAGUUUUGUUGGCAAUAGGGGACAAUGCAAGGCUGCAAGGAAAGCCAG